UAGCCGCGAACUUUUCUCCCGAGAACACGUGACGACGGUUAUGGCCAAGUUCCGCGGCGGCUCGCUGAUCGUCCUGGCGGUGAUCUGCAUCGGUGCAGAGUGCGUCGACAAGUUGCCGGGCAAAGAAUGGUGGGAAAACGCGCUCGUCUAUCAAAUAUGGCCCAGGGGGUUCCAGGACAGCGACGGCGACGGAGAGGGAGACCUCAAGGGCAUCGUCAGCCGCCUAGACUAUAUCCAAGAGCUAUGCGUCGACGCUAUUUGGCUGAACCCCAUCUACCCGUCCCCUAUGCUCGACUCCGGAUACGAUGUCUCUAAUUACAAUGACGUAAAUCCAGUAUUUGGAAACCUGGGCGACUUCGAUUUGCUCAUCAGAGAAGCACACAAUCGUGAUAUCAAAGUGAUCCUGGAUCUGGUGCCGAAUCACUCCAGCAACCAGCACGACUGGUUCCUGAUGUCGGUAAAGAAGAUCGACCGCUACGCCGACUACUACAUCUGGGCGGACGGCUCCGUCGAUAAGAACGGGCUACGCGUGCCCCCGAAUAAUUGGGUGAGCACUUACAGCGACAAGCCUGGAUCCGCCUGGACCUGGAACGGCAGAAGACAACAAUGGUAUUACCAUAAAUUCCACGAAUCUCAGCCGGACCUGAAUCUGAGAAACGAAAACGUGCUGGGAGAAAUGCUGAAUGUAAUCGACUUCUGGCUGGGUAGAGGCAUCGACGGCUUCCGGAUCGGUGCUGCGUCGUAUUUGAUCGAGGACAAGGACCUGAGGGACGAGCCUGUCGUUGGGAACGGCGACUACACCGCCGGAUCGACUGAAAACAUAGCAAUCACGUACAAAUUCCGCAGCUACAUCGACCAUUGGAUCAACGCCGAGAAGUCUACGCCGAAAUUGCUGAUUUUGGAAUCUUACGAUUCCGACGAGAAAUUGAUAGCUCUUUACGGGAACGCUACCAUCAACGGGGUUCCCCCUUUCAAUUUCCGCUUUAUCAGUUCCGUUCAGAACACCAGCAAUGCUGAACAAGUCAAAGAUGUUUUGGGAAGCUGGUUGAACAUGAUUCCCCGUAAUGCGAGCACGAACUGGGUGCUCUCGAAUCACGACAAUCGAAGAGCAGCCUCCAGAAUUGGCCUGAACCGGGUCGACGGCCUCCACAUGCUGAGCUUGUUGUUGCCCGGCCAGGCGUACACUUAUUACGGCGAAGAGAUCGCGAUGUUGGACAGAAAAAUCUCGUGGUACGAAACGAUCGAUCUGAUGGGCACGUCGAGGACCAGAGAAACCUACGAGAAGUACUCCAGAGACCCGGCUAGAACGCCGAUGCAAUGGAACUCGAGCACGUCCGCGGGAUUCUCGACGAGGAGGCGAACGUAUCUUCCGGUUCACCAGGAAUACCUAAACAGAAACGUGGAGGCGCAGCGUCGCGAGACGCAGAGCAAUUUGAACGCUUACAAACAACUGUCGAAACUGAGGAAAGAACCGGUGUUCACCCACGGGGGCUACGAAUUAGCUACCUCGAACAACGAUCGCGUGUUUAUCUUGAAAAGGUUUCUGAAGGAUUAUCCUUCGUACAUCGUCGUCGUCAACCUGGGACUGCUCCAAGAGAACGUCAACUUGACCGCGUUGUAUCCGAGCAUCGAAGACUCCAUGGACGUCGUUGUUGCUUCCAGCAAUGCUGUUUCGAUCAUGAAAGCUAUCCCCACGGAUAAAUUGGUGCUCAGUGCGAACGCUGCGUACGUUUUAAAGGUUCGUGAAAAGAGGGAGACGCCCGGUUCGUCGAGCACCGAGAGGCCAGGAAACGGUUCCCCUGUCAAUUCGAUGGCGAUUAUGCAGCUGACGUUGAGCACGCUCGUGGCGAUAAUGCUGUCCAAACAUCAACGCUCGCAACUUUAACUGCCACGUGUUUCAUCGUGAAAGUUUGAAAACAAUUUUUAUUGCGGCCUAAAGUAAUUCGAUCCUUGCGUCAGAAUCUAGAAAGAGCCGCGAGAUUAUUCUAGCAAGUCUAUUAAAUCCUUAAAUCAAAUUCUUUCUAUUAAAAUAAAUUCGUUUGGUUUCCUGCGAAUUCAACGGGCACCGAUUCUGCAGUUAAAUAAAUUGUUUAAAUUUAUUGCAAUAAUUAUCUAGUAUGUACUAAAGUAUGUAUUAAAGCUUUCGAUUAACCCUGAUCAUUCCUCUAGAUUUGUUAUGCUAUCGCAAAAUAUUAAUUUGGUGAAACUGAAUAUCGAAUAAAUAAAUCGAUUCGUUGAAAU